GUUGCUUCUUCUCAUCUCCUACAUCACCAAGUUUAAGAACCCACCCCCCCCCCCCCCCCCCCCCCCCCCCCCCAAAGUUCUCAUUCAUUUCCUGGACCAGAGAGAGAGAGAGAGAGAUGGUGAACCUAGUAGCAGCACAGAAGCCAUUGUUGCAUGGGCUAAUGAAGAUGGCCGGAGUGAGACCCCACUCCGUGGAGAUCGAGCCCGGCACCGACAUGAACUUCUGGGUGCCUUCUAAAACUAUCGUUCAUCCUAAUAACACCACCACCACCACCCGCCCCCCAAACAAGCCUGUCGUGGUGCUCGUGCACGGCUUCGCUGCUGAGGGCAUCGUAACGUGGCAGUUCCAGGUGGGGGCUCUGACGGGGAAAUACGCGGUGUACGUGCCGGACCUGUUGUUCUUCGGGGGGUCGACCAGUGUGACGGCGGAGCGAUCGCCGGAGUACCAGGCGGACUGCCUGGCGAAGGGGCUGAGGAAGCUGGGGGUGGAGAAGUGCACGGUGGUGGGAUUCAGCUACGGGGGGAUGGUGGCCUUCAAGAUGGCGGAGCGCUACCCGGAGUUGGUGGGGGCCAUGGUGGUGUCCGGUUCGGUGCUGGCCAUGACCGACUCCAUCAGCGGCUCCACCCUCCAGAGGCUGGGUUUCUCUUCCUCCUCCGAGCUGUUACUGCCCAACUCCGUGAAGGGUCUCAAAGCUCUCCUCUCUGUCGCUGCUCACAAGAAGCUCUGGUUCCCGGACUGUCUCCACAGGGACUAUCUCCAGGUGAUGUUCACAAACAGAAAGGAAAGAAGUGAACUCCUGGAGGCCUUGGUCAUCAGCAACAAGGAUUCCAGCAUCCCCUGCUUCCCACAGAGAAUACACCUCUUGUGGGGUGAAAACGAUCAGAUAUUUAAGCAGGAACUUGCCCACAACAUGAAAGAGCAACUAGGAGACAAUGCAACGUUUGAAGGGAUAAAGAAAGCAGGUCACCUGGUGCACUUGGAACGCCCCUGUGUCUACAACAGAUGUCUCAAGCGGUUCCUUGCCUCUCUGCACACUGACACAGCCCAAAAAUUAUGAACUCAUGCUGCAAUUUCAUCCUGCCCUAAUAUUGGUUGUACCGCUGUUGUGUGUUAAGACACAAGCUUUAUAAUGAACUGAAACAUUUAACAUGGAAACUUGACCAGUGCAAAAAGGAAAGAUCAUAGAAUGUAUUUGACGAA